AAGGAAAGAAACAUGUUGUCUUUGUUCACGCUGAAGAGAGAUAUUUUAAGGCAUUCGGUUAUCUGUUUUUUACGCUGAUCAGUUUGGGUUAAAGUGCUUUUUUUAUUAUUAUUUUUUAAAGUAAUGUAUCAGUUUGUUGCUCAUGUAUUGCCUGCAUGGAGUUCUGAAGCAAUGAGUCGCUUUUCUGUUUAAUUCAAGAUCGGACUGAGUGCAGCGUGUCAGCCAUAUCUACUGAGAAGUUAAAUUCGGCAGGAUACUGAAAAACUAAAGUUGCUCCUUAAGACGAGCCUGUUUUGUUUGAGUGUUUUUUUUUGGCAGUCUGCGGAUAAAAUGUUAAUCAGUGUCCUAUUGUAAGUGACUCUGCGUAUAAUGCGCAGUUUACAGCCUGCCUCUGUAAAAACGCGUUGUGAUUGUGGGCUACUAUGAAAGGCGCUAUAUCUUCAUUUUUAUAUUAUUAUAUAUGAAUGGGAAUUCUGUGAAGAUGGACGUCAGCGUCUCCGUGUCGUUCUUUCAAGACGAACUCGCCUCUACCAUCGAGCACGCAGUGAAAGCGGCUGUAGACACCGUCUUGUGCCAAAUCACAAAAGUUGUCGGCGGCAAAUUCACUGAAUUCCGAAUGGAAAUGGCUGGAAAGGAGAAAGAGAAUGAAAGUCUGAAGCUGAGAUUGGAAAUAUCAGAGAGCGAGUUGAAAGCAGUGCGGGAAUGCAUGAACGCUGCAGAUGCAGACAUUAAACAACCUCUCAGAAACAUGAACCCCGACUGCAAUGAACACGACUUUCAGAGGAACGAGAACCAGGGAUUAUUCACCAGAGUUAAAUAUCCUGAAGAGAGACGUGCUUUCAGUGAAGCAGAGGAGGGGCCAGUGAUAGAAGCUGUUUACACAAAAGAGGAAAUCUCUGAUCAGGAGUGGUGUGGAAGAAUAAUGGAGAUUACAGAGCUGACAAUUAUUGACAGUAAAGACGUUCCUGAACUUGAACCUGUGCACAUUAAAAAGGAGGAUGUGGAACUGGAGUGUGAUCACAUCACAGAGGAAGUUUAUAAAGAAAAUAAAGUCAAUAAUCCUGUGAAUAUAGUUAAGAUGGAAUCUAGCCAUUGUGAUGAGUCCCCACCUGAACUCUCCUGCGUGAAACCCAAUCAGCCUGUCUCUGAAGACACUGGUUCUAGUGUUGGAGAAGAGGGCACUCUGCUGGGGUCCAUUCAGGGGAAACAUCACCCCCCUCAGGAAAGAGCUGCAGAUGGAAAGGAGGAAGGAGCGAUGCCGUCCACGAGCAGCACAGCAUCUGCUAAAGGCAAUCACACAGGAGGGGCUCCAUUGUCCUGUGCUGAUUGUGGGAAGAGAUUCAGUCAUUUAUCACGGCUUAAAAUCCACCAGCGUGUUCACACAGGAGAGAAACCUUAUCACUGCACUGACUGUGGGAGGAGUUUCACGCGGUCACAAAGUCUUAAAAUCCAUCAGCGCAUUCACACAGGAGAGAAACCUUAUCACUGCACAGAGUGCGAGAAGAAAUUCACACAGUUAGGAAAUCUUCAAUCACACCUGCGCAUUCACACCGGAGAGAAACCUUAUCACUGCACAGAGUGUGGGAGGAGUUUCUCGCUGUUCCAAAGUCUUAAAAUCCAUCAGCUCGUUCACACAGGAGAGGAACCUUAUCAAGAAAAAACUUCUUGAAAAGCCUUGCACACAAUGUACCCUCCUUUUUAAAUGCAGGAAAGGCUCUGCUGCACUGCAGUUGCUCUGAGGAUGUGUUGCCUGUUCCCUUCCUGCAUUCUCAUUAAAAUGCUGCAAGAGAAAACCAAUUAACCAGAUUAAUAAAUAUAAAAAGGAACAGAAUUGAGUGUGGUGGUGUUGAAAUAUAUUUUUAGAUUACAUGAAUGUUGAUAUGCCUUUCCUCAAAGGAUAAUGGUACUGUCUGGGGGCACAGGGGUUGUGAAUAAUUAAGCUACACUUAAAACACAAACACUCGCCUCUAACUCCUUCUCUAUCACAAAGGAUCCUAACUGCCUUUUUAAAUCAUCAGUUAUUCAAUUAACCCUUUGCGGUCUUAGGUCCAACAUCGCAAUUUUCCCUUUCCGUCAUCAAAAAGACGCAAAAAACAGGUCUCUAGUCGUUUUUUCUCCGGAAAAAGCCAAGAAAACCAUUCAAUGGCCAAGUGAGACCGAUAGGAGCCGAGAGAAGCUGAAAAAAAAGGGGUGUAUCUCAUGAAUACAGAUAGCCCCGUCAUCACAUCGAUAACACGGACAUAAACAAACAAGAUAGCUGCUUCUGCAUCCAGCGCUCGGAGAAUAUCACAGACAUUUGCAGAGCUUUUUUGAGAUGUUCUAGUAAUAAAAUAAUGACUUGGAUCACAUUAUUCAGGAGUUUGGUGAUAAAACGAGUGAUCAGGAGAUGAUUUAUCGGUAUGCACGACUAUGAAGAGGUAUGUGAAAAAUACAGCGAACAAGGGGUGGGGCGGGGCUGGAGAUGCAGUACUGAGUGUCCUGUUGAUAUGCAGUGCCUUUUAAACCUGUUUUACUGUGAAAAAAAUACUUUUAAACAGAGCGUCUAAAAUAAACUGCGUGUGUGAAAAUAAAUUGGACCGCAAAGGGUUAAGGCCCCAGCCACAUUCCCACAUGUAUUCUGACAGGGAGGAAUUUAACCCCCUCUCUGCCAAACCCGAUAUUCCCCAGACAAAUAUUACACUGGCAGGGUUUCAAUAAGAAAAAAAACUACAGUUCAGUCCGUUCACUGGCAAUGCGUGUUUGUGGCUGGUGGAUAAGCGACUGGAUUAUUGAUCCCCCUCAACCUAACCUACCAAUUUACCUCUCUUGUCAAAAUAAUUUUUGGAAGGUAAAUCUGUACACUGGGCUGUGUUUGAAGAGAGUUGGGAUGCGUUAUAUUGCUAUAGCAAGGCGACCAAUAAGGAAUACAAUAUUGUUGUUUCUUUAUAAAUAUAUAGUAUGUGCAUGCAGGUCUUUUGUUAAGUAUAUUCCUUCUGCAGCACUGCAAUUAAAACAAAUAUAUCUGCUGUUUCUGUGUUUAUUACCUUCACAGCUAUAUUGUUUGUGGACAAUAAAGCAAAUGAGAAUAA